CAAUUAUUGGGGGGCUCCAGCCCCCCCCCCAGCCCCCCGGUCCCGACGGGCCUGUUUUGAGCCUAAGAUGAUUCUUAAGUUAUUCUUAAGCGACACAAGGCCGGAUACGUCUAUUUAAAAAGAUAAGAGUGAAACUCACAUUUGUUUUGCUUUCCAAAAACUCAAAUAAGCCAAAAAUUGAAUUCUCGAUAAAGGUUGAGCCCUGCGUUCUUAAAUUGUUCUUAAAUUUCAAUUUUCUCUAGGCUUAAUAUUUUUAUAGAUAAUAGUCUUAUAAAAAAUUGUGUACUAAGUGUCUUUUUAGCAGAGGCGUGGUGGGAUUUUUUAUGAGCCAUUUUGAUGCUGAUCGUUUCUUGUUGUCAUCACUUAUAGUAGGUUGGAAAUGAGUGUCGCGGAGGCAGCGAAGGGGGCCUCACUUCCCUAGCCGGUGGCCCAGUCCACAAAUGCUGCAUUUGUGGACUGGGGCACAGGCUACACUUCCCUCGUUUAAUCUCCAAAAUCUGAUGUUACUAAUGAUAAAAGCCUAAAAGGAAGAAACAUCUAAGGGGCCUACAUGAAGCAUUUUAAGGGGCCUGCAGGGAAAUUUCCCGAGUUCCGGUGGGCCACCAUGCCCCUGCUUUUUAGCGCAGUGAGUGAUUUUUCUACCUCUGAUGCUACUAAAAGCCCUAUUUCUCAUUCAAAUAUUUGCACCGACUUCGUAGGGACUCAGGGGCUCAAGCCCUCCUGGGAAUUUUUAAGGGGGGCUCUGUCAUCCCUGGCAGCUUUCGAUGCAGUGGCGUAACGGAGCAGUGUGGGGCCCUUAGUGAAAGUCGUGUUUUGGGGCCCCCAUACUUAACUAAGGUUGAGUCAAAUUUUAGAGCCUACCAUUCACUCUUUGACGUUUUCCCGAAAAACCCCGUAUAGAUGGAAUAGAACAAUAUACGAGAUUCUGCCGCCAAAUAUAUUUUUAUGCUCUUUAAUGGUGGCACAUGAAAUGAAAUAACAACUCCUCUCCUUUCGUAAUAUUUUGAAUGUGAAACUUUAUCAAAAUAUUAAAGAAAUCUGUGCUGGUGUGAAUAAUAAAUGUUUGUUAUGCACAGUUAAACUAGCUACAUUUAUACUAGGUUUUUUUUCAACCAAUCAAACGCGCUCGAUUGUUGGAUAGACCAGUUAGAAGGCCCCACUCAAUAACCUGACUUAUUUUAAGCUGGUUUAACUAGCAAAAGUGAAUGGGCAUUUGACUUUGAUAGAUACUGUCAAAAUUUUAAUGACUUGACUACUUUUCAGCAACAAAUUCCUUUCUGUCCUUAUGAGGUCCUUAUGAAUAAUGAAGAAUAUUAUACGACCUAGAUAAAGAAACGUAAUCAAUGCAAUUUCCGUAAAAUUAUGCGAAAGUUUGUUCAAGAAUGCUUAAAAAAUGUGAUGAGUAUGAUUUUAUUUGAAAUGUUAUCAGAAAAAAGAACUUUCAAGUUCUAUAUGUCAAUUCUUUUAUGCCUUCGAGCAUUGACAUUUGCGAAUCGCUCAGUGAGUUCAAUCUUAUCAAUUGACUUAGCUUCUGAAUUUUCUAUAUACAGAAUUGCCAAGUUAUCGAGACUUUCUUGAGGUAUCUUUGACCUUAAGUACGUUUUAAUCAAUAUAAGUUUUGAAAAUGAUCACUCAGCUGUGACAACCGUAACUGGAAUUGUUACAAACAGAGUUAGUAAUUUGUACACUGAAAGAAUGAACUCACUCUGCUUUUCAGCAUCAAAUUUACAAUUUCCAGAACUGACUCUUUGUCUGCAAUAUCGUUCUUGGACUCUAUUGCAAAUAACCGCAAUUCGGUUUCCAAAUUUUUCGUAAAAUCUCUGGAUAUGCUGCAAUUACAGCUUUAAAUCGUGCAAUUACAGCGGAAAAUCUGAUCAGACAACUCAUAAUUGCCAGUGAUUUGGGGUAAAGAAACAUGAAAAGGUUUGUUACCAAACUUUGCCCAUUAAAUCGCAAUUAAAGCUGCAUAAGAGCUGUAUCGACUGUUUUGUAAAAAACAUUGACCUUAAACUAUUUUUCUGGUUCACAUUAUUUCAAGAUAGUUCAUCAAAGAAACACUUGACUUUGUGGUUUCUCUUCUGGGUAAUUUCAAGCGAUGAGCACCAAGAACUGGCAAGUGCAGAAGCUGUCAUCCUCACUGACUCCCAAGAGUUCCGAAGUAACUCUAUAUCUAAAAUUGGCAGUUUAGAAGCCCAGACGCAACUGAAAGAUCCAACUUGGGCAACUGAAAUUUGUUUGAUGUAUAAUUUAUAGCACGCAGAAUUCUUUCCCACAUGACUAUAAACAGAACAAAUUCUAAAAUAUCCAUCUAUUCUUUGAGGCUUUUUGUACCAUCUCUUUCCUUUUUUUCUGACGUGAGAAUUAAGCGAGUUAAAACUUUAAUUAUGUGAGGAUAUUAUGUAGGGAAGCCUUAUUGACAUGCAUAUGCAUUAUCUUACAUCAUUAUUGUGUUUGCUCACAAAUCAUAUCCCGUCCUGCGCCCACUUUAAUGUUGCUGUAAAUGCUAUUAAGAAACAUUUUCUUUUAUCCAAAAACCCCGCUUUUCGAAAUUUUUUUAACAAACAUAGCAAAUAGCAAAUAUUUUUUAGAAAAUCUUUGCUUUGCAAAAUGUUAGGGAAUGGCCCCCCGGCCUCACCUUUAUCGGAGGCCCUGGACACAGAAUAGAAAUAAGGCCCUUAUUUCUAUUGUGUGCCCUGGAUUUCGACUAGACUAUAGCGAAAUCGAACAUAUUUUCAGCGUAUAAUUGAAAUAACAGCAGAUCAAAACGAUGCUUUUCUAUAAGUCGAGAUUUCAUGUUGAUUAACUUUUCUUUUAGUGAGUUUCUUAAAACGAUGAGUGUUUAUUGAAAUAGGAUUUUUGUGACAUAUGAUCAAUGAUUGUGAAUACAGCAAGUUUGGCGCCAAAUAUGAGCAGCAGCAACAACAAUAGUUAGAGAAAGCAUGGCGGUUUGAAUUUCAGAUUGAGAUGAUGGGAGUUCUUUUGGCUCUUGCUUUAUCAUAGAAUUAUGAACAAGGCUCAAGAAAAGAAAACAUUGAAACAAACAAGUAUUGGCAAAUUCUUCACGAAGGGGAAAGAGCCUGCAUCUCUUUGGAACACAGUCAGUAAUGAUGUCGAAGAGAAAAAGAAUUUUUUAAAUGGAAAUAAAGUGAACCAUGGCUCUGCUGUUUUAAAAACACCACAAAGAAGGAACAAUGCUUCUGAUUCCUCGAUUCUUAUUCCUAACAGUCCUGCUAUUGUUCAAAGGAAACGAAGCUUAUUAACCAAAAAACAAAUCGGCGAUGAUGUACAGAAACGGUCAGAAUCUGGAAUUAUUGAUUUGGAAUCGAACGAAGAUAUAAUUAGAAAAGAACGCAAGCAAGUAUUGUUAGAUGAAGUGCCAACUUCACCAGUAAGCUGUUCAAAGACUUAUAUUUUCAGUUCCAAGAAAGCUUUUACAAAUGUAAAGCAAUUUGAUAGGAAAACUAAAAAAGAGUUGAUUGAUAUAGAGAGGGAAAAUGGUUUUAAAAAUGAUCGCUGUUGUGGGUUUGAUACCGCUGAUGGAAAGGCAAAAGUUUCUAUUGAAGGUAUAGAGAAGGGAAACUUUGCUCGUGAUAGCUGUGAAAAAAGAAAAAGCGUCAAUUCAAGGCUUUCAGGAUCCAAAAUACACAAAAGUAGGAAAAAUGAAACCAGUUUUGUUGAUCACACGAACAGUUCCAUGAGUAGGGCUUACUUUGCUUCUCAACCCUCUAAAGGAAAGUUUACUUUUGGCAAAGAAAGUAAAAAAAGAUCAUUUGAGCAUGACAGUAGUGGCAUCUCUCCUUUAAAGAAGAAGCUAGCAUCCAAGAUCAGUGCUUUGGAGAGUCAGGAGAUAUCACGAAAAAUGCACGGAGAGCUAUUGUGUGCGGAAAUACCGAUUGAUACAGUGGGGGAAUCUAGAGUUACUUCACAGGCCUCAGGGAAGAAAGAAGAUGAGGAAGUCGUAAAAUCUUCUGCUUGCAAUGCUGUUAGAUCUCGGAAGUCAUUAAAACUUUCUAAGGAUAUUUCUAAAAAGAUUCGAUUUACAAUGACUGAGUCGUCAAGCCAAGGAAGAAUUGGGAGAUCAGAAUCGAAAUCCAAUAAUGUGACAUGUGAUGGGUAUCUAGAUGAAGAGAACGACCAGGACGUUAUUGCUUCUUAUGGUUGCAGCAAAAUGAACAUCUCAAAGGAAGUUCCCAGUCAUGAAAAAGAAAAUAGAGGAGAGUGUCACCAGGAGGGCCUUGUUGAUUUCGUUAGAAACCAUGGUGUUGCCCAUGAUGGUAUUGUUGAUAACGAUACCGCAAAUUGUUCAAAUGAUAGCUUUGCUGAACUACUUGAAGAUUUUGACAUGUCGAUAGGAAAUUGGGAACUUUCAUCGAAUCAGCAGGUAGCAUCUAAUAAAGGUCUUGCAAAUGAUUCAAGCCAUAAUACUGAAGCUGCGACUGGAAUAAACGAUUCAAUUUUAAACAUGAGCCUUGGCAGUGACUUUGAAUGUCCCCCUUCAUCACCGCAAAUAGAUUCCUUGGAAAAUGAGUUUACAGUGAAUACUGUAUUGGUUCUUGAAGUUUUAAGACAAGAGGCUUCGAGUAAAGGCAACUUAUACAAACCUGAGAAACUUCUGCGUCUGUUUGACGAAGAAACAUCGCAGGAAGCAAUAUGCAUCUUACGAGAGGAUUGGGAAGGAAUGGAAGUUUGCCCUGGAGAUUCGGUACACAUUACAGGCCACUCUUUGCAGCCAGGUGAAACGCUGGUUUUGGACAACAGUUCUCCAAAUUACCUGGUCCUUUUUCCUGACACUCUUGUGUCAGGUACGACCAUCUCAAUGGGUAUCACGUGCCCAAGGCGUGCUGUUUUAUCAGAAUUGUUUAAAACAGAUGGUCCAAAUGAAGUCAUGUUCCUUGGAACUUUUCUCCAUGAAUUGUUUGACUUCUUUAUUCAAGGAAAAGAUUUCGGCCUUCCUGUGCUCGAGCGACGGUCAUCACAACUGUUAUCACAAUACGAUAACUUGAACACAAUCUACAGUCUUGGAAUCGAUUAUAGAUCAUUUAUGGAAAAAGUCCGUGAACUUUGUUCAGCGAUGUCGCGCUGGGCCCGAAAGUUCUUGAAAGCAGAGCCUUGCCCGUCUGAUGAUAUCAUUGAUUUCAAGCGCGGUAGCGAGGCCGCGCCAGAAUCCGAUGCGAGGUUAAGCGUGUCCAAUAUUGUAGACAUUGAAGAGAACAUUCUUUGUCCAUCGCUUGGUUUGAAAGGAAAGAUUGAUGCAUCAGUCACCGUGAAAAUUCAUCGUGAAAAGAAAGGAAAAGAGUCAAGAAACAAAUCUUCAAAAUGCUUGGAAACUUACUUAUUGCCUUUAGAAUUGAAGACUGGAAAAAUGUUUUCAAAACUGGGGUCAAUCGAACAUCGUGCUCAGGUGAUCUUGUACACGCUGAUGAUGUCAGAAAAAUACGAUAAAGACAUUGACGCUGGGCUUCUGUAUUACUUAAAGACGGGACAUUUGCAAGGCGUCCCUGCCACGGUGAAGGAGAGGCGCUCGCUAAUUAUCAAAAGGAACGAAUUAGCGAGGUAUCUGUCGAAAGAAAACCAAAGAAGUGCCCUGUCAGUUCCAGGUUUACUGAAGAAUGAACGAACUUGUAAGAGAUGCCCUGCUGUAAAUACUUGUAUGGUGUUUCAUAAAUCGGUAGAACAAGGCACAAAGGAAACUAGUGGCGUUGGAAAUCUCUUCGAAGAGGUAACAGGACACCUUACAGAAAAGGAGCUUGAAUAUUUUGUGAAAUGGUAUCGUUUGCUGAUGUUGGAAGGACAAGAAGAAUUUGUUUCGAAUGGUUAUAAAGAAAUGUGGGCAAAAACCAGCGAGAAAAAAGAAAAGAGCGGAAAAUGUUUCAGUAAAAUGAAAGUGAAGACAGAAUCAAAAGAAGAUGAAACUCUGUGGACAUAUUCCUUCUGCAAAUGCGAAAACAAAAAUUUUGCUGUGCCUUUGAACAGCCUGAGCAUCGGAGUUGGAGACCGAGUUGUGAUCAGCGAAGAAAACUGCAAAACAUUUGGACUAUGCACAGGAUACAUUCACAGCGUAACAAACAUGGAAGUUCACAUUCAGUGUAGGGAGAGAAUCAGGCCGAGGGGCAAGAUUUAUGACAGUAUUUUUCGCAUUGAAAAAGACGAAAGUUUAUCUGGACAAAAAAUUCCUCUUGGCAACUUGAUGAAAUUGCUUCUGUCUUCCACGGAAGCUGAUGCGAAAUUGCGGAAACUAAUAAUAGAAUUUGUGGCCCCGAAAUUCUCUUUGGUGAGAGAAAAUGAGUUCCUAGAAAUCACUGGGAAAAUUAAAUGCCCAGGAACAGCCAUGCUCACAAAUCAGAACAGUGGACAAAAAUACCUUGUUUCGGAUACGAGUAUAAAAGAGAUAGCAAGAAUUUACCAUGGCCUGAAUCCUGACCAAGCCAGAGCUGUGAGACAGUGCCUGUCAGCGGAGGAUUAUGUCAUGAUACUUGGAAUGCCAGGAACGGGCAAGACAACAACCAUAGCUUGUCUAGUUAACAUACUAACUUUGCUCGGAAAGAGUGUUUUGAUUGCAAGCUACACCCAUUCAGCCGUCGACAAUAUUCUUCUGAAGCUAAAAAAGAUGAAUUUGGAUUUUAUACGACUUGGAAACAAAAGAAGUAUUCACGAAGAAAUUAGGCCAUUUCUCGCUGAUGAAGCAGCCAAAAAUAUAAAGAGCAUUGAAGGACUACAUCAUUUUUAUAAUCAAAAGAACAUUGUUGCCACAACAUGCCUCGGAAUCAAUCACCCAUUAUUCUUGAAAAAGAGGUUUGAUUAUUGCAUUGUCGACGAAGCUUCCCAGAUAACACAGCCAGUCUGUUUUGGUGCAAUAAGAAACUCAGAUGUAUUUGUCCUUGUUGGAGAUCACUAUCAGCUACCACCUUUAGUACAAAGCGUCGAAGCUAGACAUUCAGGUAUGGAUGUGAGUUUAUUCAGGCUGUUGUCUGAAAAGCAUCCGUCAGCAAUCGCCAGUCUGCGUUUCCAAUACAGGAUGCAUAGAGACAUCAUGUCACUAGCAAACACUCUUGUGUAUGGUCAUCGGAUGCAGUGUGGGAGCGACAAGAUUGCCACUCACAUAUUGAGACUACAGAUUGAGAACAGCAUUUCCAGUGAUUCAGACCAGUUGCUGCGUAUAAUUGAUCCUAGCCGGCCCGUUGUUUUUAUCAACACAGACUCGAUUCCAUGUUUGGAGAGUAUGGCUGGAAAGCAUAUACAAAACGAGGGAGAGGCUAGCAUUUUAUCUCAAAUCGUGUAUGGACUAAUGCGAUGUGGAGUUGACCCUUCUAAUAUUGGAGUUAUUUCACCAUUUAGAAAUCAGUUGAAAGUUAUUAAGGAAAGCUUGACGACGUCGUUGGGACGAAAUGUAAUUCUGGAUUUAGAGAUCAAUACUGUUGAUAAAUACCAGGGUCGUGACAAAUCCUGUAUUAUUGUAUCAUUUGUGAGGUCAAAUAGCCGAAAACAAGUUGGCGAACUGCUAAAGGACUGGAGACGAGUCAAUGUUGCAGUGACGCGAGCAAAGCAAAAGCUUAUUAUGGUGGGAUCAAGAGAAACCCUUACCCUUAGUCCAGUUCUUGGAAAAAUGAUUGAGUAUGUAGACGCAAGAAGCUGGUUGGAGACAGCAGACAAAAAUCUGGUUAACUGCCUCCAAUUAUAAUAAUUUAAUAUUAAUUUAUAUUUACUACAUUGAAUGUUUCUGAUCAAAUUGAUAUCAAUGCUGUGUCUAGUAAGUUAUUGAUACUGUAGAUCUGGUAGACUUUAGGUAGGUCAUGCUUGGCAACAAGUCCGUUCGGAGUGUAAGCAAGAGCUGUAGAUGCCACUGGCUUGUGACGUCAUGGUCGAUAGGGCCUUGAUCCGUCCCCGUAGUACAUGUCGAAGGUCUGCGCAUUACGCCAGCCACAUUGAUGCGUUAAGCAUUGUCUGUAGAUGAGGCAAUGGGCCUGGGAAAGAUGUCUAUCAUGAAAUUGUUGACUACACCAUAUCAAUUAUUUGCUUUGCAUUCUUCAGAGACGUUAAGCCCUCGAGAGGACAUCUGCCUAACGUGAAUCCAAAUUUUUGCAUUUUAGAGUUGGGAAAUGAAUAAAUUUGUAAUACUUGUACAAGUGUAGUAUUUAAAGUUCGAAGAAAGAAAGAUAUGUAAAAGAAUAUAGCGGAAUUAUGUCUUCACUCAACUCCUUAUUGUCAGAUAUUGGUUUUUAUAUAAUCUUCAUCUAGCUUUUUCUCUAUGGCAUGACAAUUCAAAACACAAUAAUAACUAUUAUGGAACAACUGAAGAGAACGGUAUGUCUAACUCGACUUUGGGAUGUAGGGACUCUACCAAAGUUGUGUAAAGCGUCAAAUCUCGUCGAUUCUCAGUGGAUAUAGUUUUGAGAAGUAAACAAACUCAAAUUCAAAUUCAUUGGGCUGACUUGUUUUUUGCGACCCUUUCUCAAAACAAGGGUACGAAAAUCGGAUGGUGUAAUAGGCCAAGGUAUGCUGCGAAGCAUCCGCAUUCCGUGCCCAACCUUCCACUUGAAUUCAGCCCUUUUCUCAAUAGCAGCACCCAUGGAAAAGUGAUUCCUGUCCGGCUCUGAUUGGAUUGUUGCAUUUUAGUUUGUGUUACCGUUUUCAAAACCGUUCCCUGGCGAUCAACGAGUUAUAUUGAGAUCACAUGCUGCAUAGUUGCAUACAACAACCCUGUAGCUUAUAGGCCCUUAUAAAUUAUCUAUAUUGUUAUGGAAUCUUACACUGUUCUCGGUUUUCCAAAAACGUCCGCCCUUCAUGGACUCCUAAUAGACUUUUGUCAACUUACGAUUCACUCAAGGAUACAUGUCCCAGAAACCCUUAAAGAUACGUCUGGUUUCAUUUGACAUUUUCUUGUGUCGGCAUUGUUUCGAACCGGAUUCGUCGGCAGCUGCGGUGAACUGAAAUGUCGGUUCCUGAACGAUUAUCUUUAGUGCAAUUCCUGACCAUGGCAGGACAGCACAGAAGGUUUUGAAGAUCUAAUUGUUCAAUGGAAUGCCAAUGGUCUCUAAAUACACAAAACAAAGGACAUUCGUUCUCCUUCGUUACGAAGACGGCGGGAGGUCUUGCACUAGCGCGUCCAGCAAACAAAUACUACAGAAUUGUCUUCAGAUACGUCUCCCUUGUUGACACGCCGUUUAUUGUGCGACGCAUGUAAUUUUGAAAUUGAAAGUGACUGUGCCGUCUAUGCAAGUUUUGGAAAACUGCUUGGAUGUCGUCAAGAUCGAUGGCGUUUUCGAAUCAAUCGAGGCUUUAUAUGAGAUGGAGUGAUCAACAUGAUAUGGUGUUAUGCAAAAAGAUGUUGACAAAUCAACUGCUCAUGACCAGAAACGGUACCAAAGAAAGGGGCCAGCAUUGGGAGAAACUUGCAUCCCAUUUAAAUAUGCUAGUGAAACCCCAAUUUUUUGUUAACAAACGCAGUGUAAGGGAUCGUUUUUUGAAGCUGAGAAAAAACUUUGAGAAAAGAUUAGCCAAAAAUUUUCCUGGUGGGUUAUCAGAACAGGACUUAGCAUUAAGAGAGAUUGUAAUAACGGGCACUUCUUACGAAGAGGAUGUACGUAUAAUUGAAAAUUCAAGGAAAAGGUCUGCUGAUAGCAUUUCAGAUACAAGUGGCACAGAGCAGGCAGAAAAUGAAAAUACAGAAACAGGAAUGGAGAAGAGUACAAAGAAAAUGUCUUUUAUUGGUUCAGAAUGUGCUUUAGAGAUUUCAGAAUGUGAAAAGCAGUUAAAAAUGGAGGAGUUGGAGCUGAGAAAAAAGGAAAUCAAGCUUAAAGAAAAGAAAUU